AUGUCUCGUCUCCUCACCCGUGGCAGUUCCUUAUUUAAUGUUUUUGGUUCUUCUUUUCAAGGCCUACUCCGCCCAUAUCCGUAUUAUCUACAGCAGCUAUUCAGCCUUACUUUAGGAUUCGAUGGCGUUCAGCUCCAUGCAGCCCAUGGCUAUUUACUGUCGUCCUUCCUUUCACCAAUGACAAAUAAUCGGAAAGAUAAAUAUGGUGGGUCUGCGAAAGACAGAAUGACGGUGAUACUUGAAAUUUAUGAAGGAAUCAGAAGAGAAAUUAAAUCCAACAACUUCUUGCUUGGAAUAAAAAUGAAUUCGAUCGAGUUCCAAGAUCGUGGCUUGGGUGUGGAAGACGCUAAGGUCAUGGGUGCGAUUGUGGAAAAUUGUGGCUUCGAUUUUGUGGAGCUGUCUGGUGGAACGGUGAGCAUGCCAGCUUUUCACCACCAACGUGAAUCGACUAGAAAAAGAGAGGCAUUCUUCGCCGAAUUCGCUGAACAGAUACGACCUUCCUUCGACAAGACUGUAGUCUACCUGACAGGUGGCUUCAGGACAGCUCCGGCUAUGAUCAGAGCGGUAACUGAUGGGAUAACGGACGGAAUAGGAUUAGGACGACCAAUUACUGCUGAACCG